CCGGUCGCACUCCUGGAUCCGGGCUAGUAUCAUUCGCUCCAACGGGGCAAAACAACCGUCAGCACCUCGCCGGAAGCAAUAAAGGCUGUCUCGCGCCCCCACUGCCCCCACCGCGCGCUGCUGACGAAGCUCGACCUGGUUGCUGUCGCAGAUGACCAGGAGCGGUCGGGUCGCACGGCUGAACAGGCGGAACUCGAUGCGCACCACGAACGAAACGACGGUGUACCUGCUGCCUCAGUGCCCCCGCGAGUACUUCCUCGGCUACAUCAUGCCCAAGUGCUCGCCCUUCCUCCAUCCCCUGAACCGCAUCCUGGGCAUGCUGCAGUCCGCCGGGCUCAUACACCACUUCAAGGAGAAGUCCUACGCCGGCUACCACAGGCGAGCGUCGGCGAGCUCUUGGGCAGCUGGUGAGAGCAUCCGGGUGAAGCUGGCCGACAUGGUCGGCCCGUUCUGCAUGUUGUUCACGGGGCUCGUCGCCGCGAUCGGCGCCCUGCUGGGCGAGCAGGGCGUCCACCGCGGGUCAGCGUACCUGAGCCACGUCUGGCGCGAGUGGCGAGCGGAACACGUCGCGGGGGGUCGCGGCCGUCGCCGUCCUCCGGGGCGCCGUCGUCGACCUGGGCGGGCCGCGGCACCGCGUGACGAGCCGUCGUGGAUCCGGCCGCCGCGCGGGCCGCCGCCACCCGAGGCCAAGCGGCCCCCGCCGCCGCCGCCGCCGUACUCCUUCGUGCUCUGAGCCUCCGCCGCAUCGCGCGGGUCACGAAGGUCCUGGCGGGUCGCCUCCGUGACGGGCGCGACCACCGCGUGUGGCCUGCAGAGGGCACUGGACGAGUCGGCCGACGACAAUUUUCG